AUACAACGGUACAAGCUACACAAAAUAGUCAAAUUAGCGAAGCAAGAUGAGUAAGGGUACGAAGAGAGCAGUUCUGGUGGGAUGCAACUACCCCAAGACCCAAUUCAGCGUGCAUGGAUGCGUCAAUGAUGUGAAAGCCAUAAGAGGUGUGAUCCUGGACAUUGGGUUUAAGGAAAGCGAUGUUAAUGUCCUCACCGAUGCGCCAGGGUCGCCGGUUCUGCCUACGGGUGCAAACAUUAAGGAUGCACUUAAUAGAAUGGUGAACAAGGCUAAAGCAGGAGAUAUCCUAUUUUUCUACUUCAGUGGACAUGGAACGCGCAUUCCAAUCUUUCAACCUGGCCAGCCUUUCAAGCAAGAUGAAGCAAUCGUGGCUUGUGAUUUAAAUCUUGUCACCGAUGUGGACUUCAGCCGUUUAGUUAACCGGCUACCAGAAGGAGCAAGCUUCACAAUCCUAUCAGAUUCGUGCCACAGUGGUGGUCUCAUUGAAAAAGAGAAAGAACAAUUUGGUCCUGAGCAUAUGAUGACUCCAGUAAAACCCAACAAGCCUAAACCAUCUAAGGCUAAGGCUAAGGCUAAGAGUCUUACUUUUGAUAUCAUACACAGUGCGAUAGAUACAGCAGCAGGCAUCCUACACGAUGCAGCAAAUGUUGGCCAAAAGAUUUUCGGAAUCUUCGGGAAAGAUGUGAGUCUCAAAUUCCAUCCUCACUACGUAGAUGGGUUAAUGGUGUUGGAUCCACCGGAGGAGGAUGAAGGGAUUUUAUUAAGUGGGUGUGAAGCCAACGAGGGGAUAUUUACUAAAAUAUUAUAACAAAAAUAAAAAAUUACCAAAAUGUUAUAACUUUUUUUAUUUACCAAAAUAAAUAUAUUUUUUAUUUACCAAAAUAUAUAAAAAAAACCAAAAAAAUAAUGAAAAAAAAAAUCUAACCGAUGUGACGGGUGUACCUUGGUCACGCCAAUGGGAUUGGCGGCACCAAAGGUGCCAUAGCCAUUGGCGGCACUAAUGGUGCCAAUACCAUUGGCGGCACCAAUGUUUAUGGGGGGGGUCGGUGGUGGGGGGACCAGAAGGAGAGGGAAAGAAAGAAAGAAAGAAAAAAAGAAAGAAAGGAGAUGAAAGAAAGAAAAAGAAGGAAAGAAAAGGAAAGGAGAAGAGAAAAAAAGAAAGAAAGAAAGAAGAAGAAAAGGAAAGGAUAAGAAAAAAGAAAGAAAGAAGGAAAGAAAAAGAAAGGAGAAGAGAAAAAAAGAAGAAGAAGAAGAGGGAAGGAAGGAAAAAGAAAAGAAAAGAAAAGGU